AAUCAGUUUUAACCGCACGUGUUGUGUUGUUUUGAUUCGGGUUCUUUUAAUAAAAUUAGACAAACUGCAUUAAAAUGUCUAAAUUCUUAUCAUAUUACAAUCUGGUGUCCAUACCGGAUCCUGCCGAGUUUCUGGGCAUGUCGGCAGACAAAGAUGUCGGCAAUAUAAUUGCAACUUUGGCUCGCAAUGUUGUCAUGAUUGUGAAUAUCAGAAUACCAAAGACGCUACGCAGUUGGUCGAUGCCAGAAAAACUUACUGCACCAGUGGUAUACGAUCCAAAUAGCCAGAAAUACGUAGGAGUUUUUGGUAACCACGGUCUCCGUCUCUGGGAUGAGAGCACCGUUGAUGUAUCCAAGUGCAAAAAGCUUAAGUUUCCCAAGAGCAUCGCUCAUGUAGUCUAUACAGAGAAAGAGGCUCUGGUGCUGUACAGCGACGGUGGCGUCGCUCCCCUAUCAAAAGCAUUGGCGUCGCGAAAAGAUCAGAAUGAGGACAAAGCUAAGCAAUUAGCGCUUGUGCUUAGCAGAACGUUCAGCAAGCCAACUGUGCACACUUUGCCCCAAGGACAGCAAGUGCUCACCUAUUUUGAUUAUCGAACAGCAACGGGCGAAUUGCACGUUGUGCGGCGCUCCUUGCAUAAUAAUGCAAAACGUAGCCAUAACAUAAAAAGAGAAGGCGUUCGCCUUACUGGACAUGCUGUAAUUGAGGGCGAUGCUGGCCCCCAGCUGAUGACAAUUUGGUCCGACAAGCGUAUAUUUAUGCUGCCCCUCGCCGAACGUGCGCAUGAAAGUGCCCCAGGACAAUUUGUGUCUAUGCUCUCCGAACUAAAUGUAGAGAGCAAUUUGUCGCUGCAAGGAUUGUCACGCAACUUUGCGGCUAUCUAUGGUGCCAAUUAUGGGCAAGAGGGUGCCUCGCUGCUGGUUUACAACACACAAUUUAAGGUGGUCAAUGCCAAGCAAUACUUUAAAGUAUAUUUGGACUUUUCACGUUUGUUUGCCCACGACGAACACAUUCUGCUGGCCAUGGGUCAAAAUAUUGCUGCCGUACGCUAUCGCACCAAUGAUGAACUGCUGGUGGAUAUGCUUGGUUCGCAGAUGAACGAAACGCAUUUGACGCCCAUUGAGUUAGAUCACAUCAACGAAGAGGAAUCCCUAGAGACUGCUAUUAAAUUUCUUGGCGAUAAGCGAGUUCCAAAUUCCACGUUUAGCUCGUUACCAAUGGAGCUACCAGCUGUGAUGCAGCUGGCUCACGCAGAUGGAAAACUAGUUCCAUUUGAAUCGCCUGACAUAAUGCAGCAGGAACUAAACGAUCUCAUCAAACAGCAUGUCGAUGGCGAACUGGUACAAGUCGAUAAUGGACUCGAUGAAGUUAAUAUUACCCUUAUGCGCAACUACUUUGAUGCUGGACCACAGAAUCUGGCUGUGCAGUCAAUAGUUAGACAAUUGGAACGAAGUGGUGCGGGAGAACAGGAAAUUACCGAGAAACUCUUAACGUUGUUCAUUAAAACACAAAACUCUGAGCAUGUGCUAAUGUGUGUGCGCCGUUACACUAACAUCUCAGAGCACAUGCUAGCUUGGUGUCUACGUUAUGCCCUAGACAACACACCCACCGCUUUAACUAAUGGCAAUACUAUGGAAACGGACGAAGAUGUGAGCCCAGCACCGUCAGCCAAUAAUGAGCUACUUAAUGCGGUGCUUUCAUGCAGUUUCAACUCAGUUGCCAUAGAAAAGUAUCUAAAAGAGCGCCUGGAAGUUUCGCAUGUCCAGCGACUGUUGCAGCAUUUGUAUGUGCUUGCCACUGAGCCGAAUGCGCUGCUCGAGGAGCGACCCAAUCAAGAUGCCACCUCAUUGGGAAGUCUGUCUACAGAAAUUCAAGCUAUUCGAUGGGUUAGCGCCUUAAUGACUUCACACGUUACCCUCUUGACCAUCUCCAAGGAUCAGCAGCUAUUGAAUUUGCUAGAGCAGUGGUCAGAUUUGCUUGAUCUUUAUAGGAACCUCUUAGGACCCCUAUCAACUGUUAUGCCACUCCUAAGUCAUAUAAUAGCUUUGAGGAAAAGACGAAAUCCAUUCUCCAGAAAUUGGUAUAACAUUGAAAGAAUAAAACUGUACUAAAAGAUAUGCGUUCCCCAAUAAAUAUGUUGUUAAUUUUAAGCAAAACCAAAUUUAACAAAUAAACUACACCCAAAUA